AUGGAUCCCGGCCGCGCGCCGCACCGCCCCGCCGCCGCCGACGCCGCAGCGGCUGCUUGCGCGCAGCACGGGCGGCCGCCGCCCCUGCCACUGCCGCCCAAUGUGUCGAUUGCUGAGUUGCCUAAGAGGCUGAGACCUACCAAGGUUUUUAAAGCAGGAGUUGAGCGACCUGCAGAGGGAGCAGUUUCCUGCGUCUCUGAACCUUUGGCGCCAGGCAUGGAGAAACUGCCAGAUGGACAGAACGGAGACGGGCAGAGAAGGGACAGCAGCGAACGUAGCUUCCACAACCUCAGCCUGCAGAUUGGCACGGACCAUGCCUGGCUGUCAGAAUGGUUGCAGACAGACGCGCUGAAGGAUCGGCCCCCCGCGGAGCUGGUCGAGGUGGCAUCGGAAAUCCUUUCCGAUGUCAGUACUCUUGGUGCUGACUGUGACAGGCUUUUUUCCAAAACCUGCCGAGAAGUCUCAGGCAGGAGCUACAUAGAUCUGGAGAAGCUUCAUGAAAUUACGCAGCUGCUACUGGAGCGCUUCAACGUGAAAUCCUCCUGCACGGAGCGAGUCGCCGAUGUGUACAGCGCUGUGUGCGGAAGAGGUGACACAGGUUUGAGUCAAGUGGAGUUCCGUGGUUACAUUGCUGCGGUACUCACCCAGGUCCUACAAGAUUUGGAUGCCAGAAUGGGGGGGCGAUCACCAGAGGCUGCUGAGAACUCAGACAGUGGUGGAAUUGUGGAAUCCUUUCAAGGCCGGCUGAACUUCGUGGCCCCGUCGGCUUCGCCACGGCCGCGACCGGUGAAAAUCACGCGAAGAGCCGUCGGCUUGGAGUUUCUCCGGGCACCCCUGGAGGCAUACGCUGCUUCCAGGGUGGCUGACUCACCAUUCCUGGCCGAGGCCCCAGGAGCAGCGUUGCAUUGGGGCCAUGCUGCAGCCAUGGCCUCGGUCUAUCCCCAGUUGGCCUUUGGUGCUUUCCUGGGGUGGCAGAUCCGCAUGGGCAAGGGACAGGAGACCACGCCUUUGUCCAUGGGAUUUUCUUCUGCAACCUUGCAUCCAUUGCUGAGUUUGGGCGCCUUCCUCUUCUUCCUCAUUGGAGGACAAGGCGGUUUGGUAUUGCUGACUGCACAAAAGCAGACUAUCUUGGAUUCACCACAUGCCGUCACAGCCCUGCUAGGGUUGUCCCUCCUGGCACUUCAAGCGCUUCUGCCGGUCUUCUUUGAGAACUCGCAAUUGCGAACAGCACAUGCCUUUCUAGGCAGUUUCAUCGUGCUGCUGAUGGUGGUCCACGCUGCAUUUGGUGUGGCUUUAGGCUUGAGCUUUUGA